AUGGCCCGCCUCCGAAGCGAGCAGCGGUGUCCGGUGCGGUCGCCCCUGCUACCUCUCCGCCCUAUCCUGGACCGGGACGGCCUGCUGCGAGUGGGGGGACGCCUGCAGGAGGCGCUCCUUCCGUUCGCCGAGAAGCACCCGCUCAUCCUCGCGAAGGAGAACUAUCUCUCGCUCCUCCUGGUGCGAGAGGCUCACGCCAAUUCGCUGCACGGAGGACCGCAGCUGACCCGUAGUCUGCUCCUGAGGCGUUAUUGGAUUCUGCGAGCAAAUUCGCUGGUCCGGUCGGUCAUUCACGCCUGCCUGCGCUGUACUCGAUUCCGAGGUGCCACCGCAGAGCAGCAGAUGGGCCAAUUGCCGGCGGAGCGCGCGCGACCCGGCCGCCCCUUCUCCACUGCUGGAGUGGAUUACGCCGGCCCUGUGCCCCUCCGAACCUCUAAAGGACGCGGCCACAAGGCCAUUAAGGGCUAUAUAUGUCUAUUUGUGUGUCUGUCGUCCAAGGCGCUUCACUUGGAAGCGGUCUCUGAUCUCUCCUCCGCCUCAUUUUUAGCCGCCUUCAGACGGUUCAUCUCCCGUCGAGGUCACUGCCGGCGCCUCCUGAGCGACAACGGGACGAAUUUCCGAGGCGCCGACAGGAAACUCAGAGGCAUGUUCCGCGCAGCGUCCGAGUUUUACAAGGAGUGUGCAUCGAGCCUCGCCAACGACGGUACGGACUGGGCCUUCAUACCGCCUGGCGCUCCUCACUUCGGAGGCCUUUGGGAGGCCGGCGUCAAGGCCGUGAAAUACCAUCUGCGACGCAUCGUCGGGGAUACCUGCCUCACCUUCGAGGAGAUGGCCACCUUGUUGGCCCAGAUUGAGGCCUGCCUCAACUCCCGGCCGCUGUAUGCGCUCAGCAACAACUCUUCGGACCUUGUAGCCCUUACACCGGGGCACCUUCUGGUCGGGGAACCGUUGGCGGCUAUACCGGAGCCUCCGCACGCCGAACACAAUCAUGGCGGACUAGCGACGCGCUGGGCGCUGACGUCUGCCAUGCGGGACCAGUUCUGGCGCAGAUGGUCCAAUGAGUACAUCCAUCAUCUGCAGCAGCUGAAGCGUUGGAGGAGACAGGCGCCCAACAUAGCCGUAGGCGACUUGGUCCUGCUCAAGCACGAGUUGCAGCCUCCGACGAAGUGGGCGCUCGCUCGCGUGGUCGACACCCACCCGGGUUCCGAUGGGCUCGUCAGGGUGGCCACCAUUACCCCCUCGCGUGGGCCACCUUGA